CUGGCGCAUGCGCAUUAAGGUGACUCUAGAAGGCGAGUGCCUGGGUGCGGCGGUCUUCCUCUGGGACAGGAAUGCUGUGGAAUUGGGGAGUGCUCUCUGCUGCUUUCAGGACCGGGCUCUAGGAAUGUCCUGGCCGUAGCAUAACCCUGCAGAGGAAGAAAAGCAGGCAAGCUGCAGAGAAUUUCAAGAAGCAAAGCAGGAUGGAUGGGAAGAAGUGGUACCAAGUCACAAAUGACCUAACUUCAGCAGAGUUCAAGCCUCUUUAAAGAGUUCUGUCGUCCAGGAGACUGAAAAACAAACAAAAAUGGAAGGAGGCAACAGUCCACACAUGCAACUUCAGCAAGUCCCACUGGCCACAGCAGCAGUUUCUGUGCAGCCACACGCAGACUCCUUUUCUUAUAAGGAGAAUUUGAUUGGUGCAUUACUAGCUAUUUUUGGGCAUCUUGUUAUCAGUAUUGCACUCAACCUCCAGAAAUACAGCCAUAUCCGGUUGGCAGGUUCCAAAGAUCCCCGAGCCUAUUUCAAAACCAAGACAUGGUGGUGUGGACUUUUUCUCCUGGUUCUGGGAGAACUGGGGGUGUUUUCUUCUUAUGCCUUUGCUCCUCUUUCACUGAUUGUGCCUCUCAGCGCAGUGUCUGUUAUAGCUAGUGCAAUCAUAGGAAUUAUAUUUAUUAAAGAAAAAUGGAAGCCCAAGGAAUUUUUGAGGCGAUAUGUUUUGUCCUUUGUAGGUUGUGGUUUGGCAAUUGUUGGAACUUAUCUGCUGAUUACGUUUGGACCUAAUAGUCAUGAGAAGAUGACAGGAGAAAAUAUCACUAGGCAUUUAGUGAGCUGGCCAUUUCUGUUGUAUAUGCUUGUAGAAAUCAUCAUAUUCUGCCUGCUACUGUAUUUUUACAAGGAGAAAAAUGCAAACUACAUUGUAAUAAUUCUCCUGUUGGUGGCUUUGCUGGGUUCCAUGACUGUUGUGACAGUGAAGGCUGUGGCAGGCAUGAUUGUUGUCUCAAUACGAGGAAACCUCCAACUCAACUACCCGAUAUUCUAUAUCAUGUUGGUGUGCAUGAUUGCUACAGCAGUCUUUCAAGCAACAUUUUUAGCUCAAGCUUCACAGCUCUAUGAUUCAUCUCAAAUUGCGAGCAUUGGCUACAUCCUGUCCACAACAGUAGCUAUCACAGCAGGAGCAACUUUCUACCUGGAUUUCACUGGUGAAGAUGUUCUUCAUAUAUGUAUGUUUGCACUUGGAUGCCUCAUAGCGUUUCUAGGUGUCUUCCUGAUCACAAGAAAUAGAAAGAAAUCUGUACCGUUUGAACCCUAUAUAUCAAUGGAUGCUAUGCCAGGCAUGCAAAACAUGCAUGACAAAGGGAUUGCAGUUCAGCCUGACCUCAAAGCUUCCUUUUCCUAUGGUGCCCUGCAAAACAAUGACAGCACACCAGAAAUUUAUACACCUGCUACACUGCCAAUAGUGCAGGAGCAACAUGGUUCCAGAGGAGUUUCUGCUCCACCAUACCGGGUGCUGGAGCACAGCAAAAAGGAGUGAAUGACCUUUAAGGAACUGAUUUGACUCAUCGGAAGUAUGCCCUUUAUUUAUUUACCUGAUUAAAAUGUAGGCAAGUGUUAAGCCGACUUUGAUAUAGUUUAAAGUUUGUCUCAAACUUUACUUUAAAGACUGAUUAUUAAAAUAAGCAACUCUCUGUAGCUGUGAAGUUGAAAGCAUUCCUCUUAGCAAGAAGUAAAUCACAGUCCUCCGUUGAAGGCUGCUGAGAGCAUGAAAUACUGAAUACAGUAUCGCGUCUUUAGGAAACUAAUGAAAUAGCAGAUGCUGUGGGAAGAGAAGUAACCAUGCAAUUUCUAGCUCUGCUGGGAGUGGUUUAUUUCCAAAUAGAGGUUUUCAGGCGUUGUUCACAGUGAGAUGAGGAAAGGAUUUAAUCUUUUACACAGAGAGAUUGACGAAUUUUUGGAAAAGUUGUAAACCCUCAUGUUUCUAACGUAACCACCAUGCUACCUUAACAUGGCAAUAAAAUUUAAUUAUUUUCAAGCACUAA